AUGGACGGCGCGAGCGCGGCGGCGGCGGCGGCGGCGGGACGCGCGCUGACGACGUCGCCGCGGGUCCGUCGUCGAGGUCGACGGACGACGAUCUCGAUUUCGUCGACGACGACGACGACGACGACGCGCGCCGUCUCUCCCUCGCUCGCGCCGUCGCCGUCGCCGUCGACGCCGUCGUCGCGACGUCCCCCGCCGAUCCGCGCCCCGAGCUGGCCACUGCGCGCGUCCAAGGCGUCCAAGUCUGGGCGGUUCCCGCCGACGCCGUCCACGUCCGCGCAUCCGCUCGCGUCCUCCUCCGAGGCGGACGACGGCGGGCACGACGACCUCGGCGAUCUGUGCGCGCGAUGGCGCGACGGCGCGGGGACGCCGCGCGACGCGGUCAGGCUGCAGAUCGAAGCGAUGCUCCGCGACCGCGGCGACGCCUCCUCCUCCUCCUCCUCCUCCUCCUCCUCCUCCGACGCCUCCUCCGACGCCUCCGGCUGGCGGCUGCUCCUGUCGCACAAGAACGAAUCGCUCUACAACGCCUUCGCGCUGGAAGUCGCCGUCGCGUCUCCGGGCUCGCGCGCGCUGACCACCGGGCUGUUCGCGCUCCCGGCCCCGCUCCCGCCGUCGACGCUGACGCGAAUGGCGGGAACGCGCGCGGUGCUGUGCCCGCUCGCGUGCGGCGAGGACGCGGACGACGUGCUCGCGGCGGUGGACGCGCUUCCCGUCGCGAUCGAUCUCCCCGGCUCGAUCCCCGUGGCUCUCCAUUACGAUUGCGUCGCGCGGCGCGCUUCGCGCGACCGCGUCUCGUCGCAGACGCUAACCGACGCGCUGCACGAGACGAUGAAAACCUGGGGCGGCGGGUUCGAGCACGGGAUGUACGCGCGGUUCGACGAUCCGACGACCGCGGAGGCGACGGACGCGGCGCGGCGGACCCUGCGAUUCGUUCUCGCGGAGACGAGUCGCGGGUACGUCUUCGGUCUCGCGACGUUCGCGCCUCCGCGGCCGCUCGCGAAGUGCGACUGGAAUCGGAAGCCGAACAACUACAGCGCCGGGUUACGGCAGGAGAUCGCCGCGGCGGCGGUGAACGUGGCGAUGAUGACGCGCGGCGGCGGCGGCGGCGGCGGCGACGCGGACGUCGUCAUCGACCCGUGCUGCGGCGGCGGGACCAUCUUACACGCCGCAUGGGCGCGCGGGCACCGCGCCGUCGGCGGCGAGCUCAUCGCGCUCAACGCGAGCAACGCGCGAGGGAACAUCGCGUCGUUCCGGCCGCACAUGCCCGCGCUGCACGCGUCGCUUCUCGCUAUCGACGACGACGCGGACGCCCCGGCGGCGAACGAGGGGAGAGGCGGAAAACGAACGCUCGACGCGACGACCGGUUUGCUCUCGCCGCCGCCCGUGGUCCUCGAAAACGACGCGACCGCGCCCACGGACUGGGCCGCGACGGUCAAGGCCACGACCGGACGCGAGGACGCGCGCGUCGCCGCGAUCGUGAGCAACCUCCCGUUCGGACGGCAAGUCGCCGUCGGCGGCGGCCCCGGCGGCGGCAAACGCGGCGGCGCGACGGACGACGAGUACGCGCCGUUACUGCGCGCGCUGAGAGACCACGCGCCGCGGCACGUCUUCUUAUCCGGCGUACCGAUCGCGGCGGCGAUGCGCGAGGUGGGGUACGAGGGCGUCGUCGAAAUCGCGCUGUGCCGGCGAGGGCGGACGUUCAUGACGGUGGCGGCGGGCGCGGGGGGCGUCGUCCCGACGCCGUCGACGGCGUUCAGCGCGCGCGAGGCGGCGCGCGCGAAGGCGGAGGACGGGUACGUGCACGCGGCGACGCCGGAUUGGGUGGCGGAAGCGGAGGAGGAGGAGGAGUGCGCGGCCGCGAGCGGCGGAACGCCGAGACCGCCGCUGCGGGUCGCGAUCGACGCGUCGUACGAGCAAGAUUCGCAACGUGCGAUACGUUCAGUCGCGAAGCAGCUCUCGGAGUGUCUGGGCGUGACGCGCAAGACCAACAAGGCGAUGGACGUCACGGUGGACCUCACGUUCGCGAGCUGGGACGGCACCGUGGGCGCGCACGCGGUCGAGCACUUCAACGCGGAGCGAUGGGUCGGCGUCCGGAGAGACGCGAGGAAAGUCGAGGACAUUUUCUCGUCGGCGUCGGCGUCGUCGGCGUCGGCGGGUACUGAUCUCGUGUACCUGUCCCCCGACGCGGAGGACGUCCUAGAGGACGUGGACGCGGACACGGUGUAUGUCAUCGGCGGGAUCGUGGACCUCGCGGCGAGGGGCACGGCGACGAGUCUCCCGCGCGCGCGCGCGGCCGGGAUGCGGACGGCGCGGCUGCCGAUUCGCGAGCACCUGCCUCGGUGCACGUCGCAAAUCUUAAACAUCGACACCGCGCUGAAAGUUCUGUGCGAGAAGUACGCGGGGAAGGAGUGGACGGACGCGCUCGAGGCGGCGCUGCCGGCGCGGCAGCAGGGCGAGCGCCCGGCGCGGUUUAACCGUCCGCUGAACGCGAAUAAGGAGGGCGAAGAAGCGAUCGCCUCGGCGAGUCUAGAAUGA